AUGUCGAACAGAACUUCAGAUAAUAGUGCUUCGAAAAAAGCUUUACAGAAAGCGGCAAGCAGCAAUAAACCCUCCGCCAUUUCAAAACAAGUAUUGAAAACCAACCCUAUUCCGCAAUCGACAUCUUCCGGCUUCUCAGCUUUGGGCAAUCCUGCAUCUUCCAACCUUACAAAGAAGCUUCACGCACUAUCCACCGAUAACAAAGGGAAAGGCCAGCCACUCAGAAGCACUAAAGUUUCUCAAAAGCUUGUGUUAUUCCCUCAAGCUUCUGCUGAACAUGUUGAAACACAAUCCACUUUACCCACUGAUGGAGGUGAUGACAAUGAAGCGCAAGACGCAUUAUUACCGUCCAUCCCGACCACACCAAAACAAGAAGAAUAUCCUUCACAACAGCAGCAACAAUUGAUAAACGAACGACGUCCAUCUGCUCAUUCCGUCGAUGAGCAACACUGGCAAGACGAACAAAGUCAGCCUCGUACAGCGGGUGUUCCGCUUCCCCUCGAAUGGACACUCUCUGGCUCGCGUACCCAAGCUGAACGCAUGACCAAAGAAGAGAGAGAACUAGCGCUUUUGCCUCGUGCAGCUGCUUAUUGUACAGGUGAGGGGUAUGACUUGAAUCGUUUACGUACAUUUUUACGACAACAUCAUCGUGUAGCGCCCAGACUUUAUGAUGAAUGCUUGUAUGGGCCUUAUCAUUUUCCCUUAAGGACAUUGAGACCCGACAAAUCCAAUGCAUUCAAUAUCCGCGUUCGAAGUUCAAACCCACCACCACCUUCUUACAGCAAUAAGAAAAACACAACAGCAAGAGAAGAAUAUGAGGGCCAAGCGCAGAUGAUUGAAGAAGAAGAAGAACAAGCAGGAGAUCCUCAUAUUCUGAAUUGUAAUGAUCAGCAGUUGCAUGAACGACAACAACAACGGCAACAAGAAGAGGCUCAACAAGAGGGGGAGCAGCAUACUCAACAACAAGAAGAGGCUACAACGUCAACUAUCCGAAGAAAUAGUAGACUAGACGUGGAACAGGAGGAUUAUCCAAAUUACAAUGAUGACAAUAGACCCGCACAGACGACGAAUAUACCUGCUACUACUGCGGACACUCAUACCACAGAAAAUAAGACCACCACCAGCAAACCUCAAAGAGAGCCCUUCAAAGGCGGUGAAGUUUUUAUAUUUGACUACGGUGUGGUGGUCUUUUGGAACUUUCGCCGUGCUGAAGAGCUGCUUAUGCUUGAAGAUUUUAUGCCAUUUUCUAUAGAGCCUUUCCGUGAUAACCCAGAUGAGGAUAUGCAAAUCGAAGAACUUCACUUUCAGUAUGACACCUCGGAUAUACUCAAACCUCGCAUCUUUAAUGACAUGAUUACGCUGAAGAGCCGCAAUCAUAUGAUUAAACUCACCCUUUCUCAUGGAUUAGCUCAGAGUGCUGUGGUAGCCCGUUACGAAGAUAUAAUGGAUAAAACCAUUGAAGAUACCAAACAUCUACCGAAAGAAAUGGCAGAAACCGGACGACUAGGUAAAACACGUACAGAAAUCACAAAGAUCAAUGGACAAUUAUUCAACCUGCGUAUGAACGUCAAUUUGGUCAGUAAUGUUUUGGACACACCGGAAAUAUUCUGGUCGGAACCAGCGUUACAGCCAAUGUAUUCAGCAAUACGAGACUACCUGGAAAUACCGCAGCGAGCCAAGAUUCUGAAUGAUCGAUUGAAGGUCAUUUCAGACUUGCUGUCGAUGCUAAGAGAGCAUUUAACAAACUUUGGCGUGGAAUAUCAGACAUUGAUUAUCAUUUACUUGAUUAUUGUCGCGGUCGUUGUUGCAUGUUUUGAAAUUGCCGUGAAAAUACUUCAAUCCAUCGAUGUCUUGUAA